CGGCUGUGUCCUCCGCGAGAUCCUUGGCCUGCUUCGGGGAAGGCGACGAGACGGUCCACAGCAUCCGCCGUCCGCGCUGUGACAGCCCGGGGACGCUGUCUGGGUCCGGAGGCAUCAGACUCGGAGCCUAGAACCACGCUGGAAAGGACCAUACACCGUCCUCCUCACCACACCAACAGCUCUUAAGGUCGACGGGAUUGCGGCUUGGAUCCACGCCUCCCACGUCAAGGCAGCGAACCCUGAACACCAAGAACAGCCCCCUGACGGAAGGAAAUGGCGGCUAGUCCGAACAGAAAACCCCUUAAAGCUAAGACUCGCUACAAUUUGAUGAUCAUAAUUCUGUUUUCGCUUAUUCCUGCUAUUCAAUGUUCUAACCCCCAUGCUCUGUACCACAUAACCUGGAAGAUUCUUAGCCUUACUACAGGGGAAACCAUAAAUAGCACCAUUCUUCAGGGGCCCCUGUCAACCAGUUUCCCAACAAUUGAAUUCGAUGUGUGCAAAUUAAUGAACCCUGAAGAUACUUGUAUGGGAAGGGGGGGGGUUUAUGUUUGCCCAGGAAACGGGAGAACCUCAGACCUGAUUCGCCGUUGUGGGGGAACGGAGGUAGGAUUCUGUAGCCAAUGGGGGUGUGAGACUUCGGGUAGCACCUAUUGGAAACCUUCUUCUAGCUGGGAUUUAAUUACAGUAACACAAUCCCCCAAUUGGGGAAUCCGAGAAACUGGAAAGGAUGAAGGAAAAUGCAGAGAUGGUAGCUGGGGAAGAUGUAAUAUACAGCAGUUAGGAUUUACAAACCAAGGAAAAAAGGCUGAUUGGAGUGGUACCAAGACAUGGGGGCUAUACUUAUACAGACCGGCCAAAGACCCCUUUGCCUUAUUCAUGAUUCAAAGGGAGUACAGCCGCCUAUCCUCUCAGCCAGUUGGCCCAAAUCCUGUCCUUCCAGACCAACGUCCGGCCUCGGUGCUUAAAGUUCCCUCACUGGGUAAUCUGAAUCAAACCAAUAACACACUCCAGGGACCCCUAAAACCUACCCCAACCCCGCCAGGUACCGGGGAUAGGCUCCUGAAUUUAAUCAAGGGGGCAUUCCAGGCACUUAAUCAAUCUGAUCCUGGAAAAACUAAGAGCUGCUGGCUGUGCCUUAAUCCACAACCCCCCUACUAUGAGGGCAUUGCCAUUCAGGGAAAUUACUCUAACCACACAGAAGCCCCCCCCGCAUGUCUAACCGGGGAACAUCAGUUAACCCUGACUCAGGUGACCUCAAGUGGCACCUGUAUUGGAAACCCCCCUAAUGCCUCCAAGCUCUGUAAUGAAACUGUAACAAUCUAUCCUGGUAGCUAUUAUCUGGUACCUCCUAAUGGUACCUAUUGGGCAUGCAAUACGGGGCUCACCCCAUGUGUGUCAGCAGCAGUACUAAACUCUACCCGAGAUUUCUGUGUCCUUAUUCAGCUGUGGCCUCGAAUUUACUGGCAUGAGGAUGACUAUGUACUGAAUUUUUAUGAAAAUUCCCCCACCAGGUUUAAGAGAGAGCCUAUCUCCCUCACCCUGGCCGUUCUGCUAGGAGUAGGAGGAAUCACUGCAGGAAUAGGUACGGGGGCCACCGCGCUUGUCCGUACAGACCAAUACAUGCUUUUACACCAGGCGAUGAACCAAGAUCUGCUCGCCUUGGAAAAAUCCGUCCGGGCUCUUAAGGACUCCCUUACCUCUCUAUCCGAAGUAGUAUUACAAAAUAGACGGGGUUUAGAUUUGUUAUUCCUAAAACAGGGAGGCUUGUGUGCUGCCUUAAAAGAACAAUGUUGCUUCUAUGCUGAUCAGACUGGGAUAGUCACUGAGACUCUAGACAGGCUCAAACAUAGAUUAGAAGAAAGGAAACGACACCUUGAGUCUCAACAAGGAUGGUUUGAAAACCUUUAUAAUAGAUCACCCUGGUUCACCACAUUGGUAUCCACCCUAGCUGGACCCUUAGUCCUACUCCUUCUUAUUUUAACCCUGGGACCUUGUAUACUUAAUCGACUGGUCCAAUUUGUGAAGGAACGGCUGUCUGUAGUGCAGGCGUUAGUCCUCACAAGCCAGUACCAGGCAUUGAGGACCGAAGAUCCAGACAUGUUAUGAUGAGUGAAAGAUUCCACUCAUAUGCCCAUAGAAAAAGAGGGGAAUGAAAAAUAAAGAGAAACUAGAUGCCAUGAGUACUCAGGGGCCCACAGCCCACUUGUUAUAACUUAACAGAAACCAGGACCAGCCUUAUCUAAAGGCUGCAAGGCAGGUAGGCGCCGGUCAAGCUUCACAGAUCAAGCUGUAAACUGGCUUUACGGUCAGAACUCCUGACCACCCUGAGGGCCCGAUACCAGGAAAUCUUUAGAAAACGUCUGUGCUUCUGAGGUCACCUCCCAUUUAGCAAU